AAAUCGUGACCGUUUCAAUUCCGGAGCACUCAGCUCCACAUGCGAUACGGCUCAUGAGUUAACCUUUGAGAAACACAACAUUUCUGUUCAGACUGUUGGAAUAUCAAUUUUUAUUGCAACGGACAAAAGCUACAUUUUCUAAAUUCAGAAACUUGAGUGUUUGCAGUUAACGUUGAAUGCUAAUUAAGCUAAAAAAUAGUUAAACUUUUAAACCUCUACGUUAUAAACGUUCGUUGUUUAUGUACUGUAAGUGACAACUGCUUUUUAGGAUUGUGGUAGGAGCUUCCACUACUAGCUAGGCGCAUAUUUAAUUAUGUUUAUGGGAAGUUAGUUUAACAAAGCCAGACAUGACGUUAGCAAAUAUCGGAGUCGCGUGCAGCAAUUAUGAUUAUCUCCGAGUUCAAGUAGUUUCAGACAGUAUUGACGAAUGAUUAACGGACUCAGUGACGUUUGCAUCGAUACCUUUGUCAUGUGGGGUCAUUGUGUCAGGCAACUUUGGCCAAAGCCUGUGUUUACAGCUAGGCAAUGCCCCAGAGGACGCUACAGCACAGCGCAAACGGAUCCGGAUGGGGUCCGGACGGUCCUGCAGGUCUUCGUGGACAGACACUACGUCUCUCCCGGUCAGGUUAACGUGGACCUGUUUCGGAGUGGGUCGCGUUGCAGUUACGGACCUUUGGGCACGGAGCUUCGGCUGAACCUGCUGAAUCAGUGGUGGCACUCGGUGACCAGGUCCACCGAACAGGUGUUUGGGAUCGACACCCUGAGCAGCGGCCGGAAGCAAGAAGCCGACGGACGUCGGAUUGUUGAAUCCGGACUUUUGCAACAAAUAUUUGAACAACGCGGGCCGAGCAAAGAGCAGGUCAUCCAAGAGGCAAGCGGUCUGUUGCAGAGCUCCCCCUCUGUGAGAACAAGUUUACUUCAAGGUGCUUUGGAGCUGUACGUGCCGUCAUUGGAGCUGGUGAACAGAAGGUUACCCUUUGGCCUGGCAGAGAUGGGCCUGUGUUUCCAGCCUUCAGACUUCUCUGAUUUGGUUCUGCUCCCCUCGCACGUCUUCACUGUGGCUGGAUCACUGGACGAGACAAAGGUUAAAAUGGUGGAGAAAAACUUCAGCAGCUCUGAGGUUCCAGAGGAUGACCUGGAAAGGGUAGCAUCGCGCGGUGUGAGGAUCAUGUACAGUUUCCCGUGGGGGCAGGAGUGUUUGGAGACGCUGUGGAGCCGUGGAAAUGAAGAACUACUGCUUACGCACAAUAACGCUCACUCCAAACUGCAAUGUCGAGAUGGACAGAAAUCCGUUCCUCAUGUGGUGUCCAUAAGCGGAAACAUGGACCGUGGUAUGAUGGCAUUUCUGUUCAACUCUCUCCAGCAGCUCAAGAAAGACGGCAGCAAGCAGAAGCUGCAGCAUAGAAAGGUUCUCAAGCUGCAUCCAGUUUUGGCUCCAGUCAAAGUUGCUUUAGAUAUUGGUAGAGGACCGACAGUGGAGCUUCGACAGCUUUGUGAAGGUCUUCUGCAAGAAUUCCGGGAGGCGAAGAUCUUUGUGUGGCCUGGAUAUCUUGGAACUCUUCCAACAUCAGUUGAACUAUUGAAUACCAGAUAUGAUGAGAUGGGAGUUCUUUUCACUGUGGUGAUCAUUUUGCAAAUCAUCAAGGAAUCGCAGCAGCAGCAUGGACUCAGGCACGGAGACUACCAGAGAUACAGGGGCUACUGCUCCCGUAGGCUGCGUCGUCUUCGCAAGACUCUUGGCUUCAAAAUGGGCAACCGACACAAGUUUGUUGGGAAGAAGAUCACUGUGGAGAUGCUCUCUGACAGCAGGUACCUCUUGCUGGUUUUGAUGGAGGCAGAGCGUGCCUGGAGCUACGCCAUGCAGCUGAAGCAGGAGGCAAACACAGAGCCACGGAAGCGAUUCCAUCUGCUUUCACGACUCCGCAAGGCCGCCAAGCACAGUGAGAAGCUGGAGAAGCUCUGCGAGAGCCCCCGGGUGGACGCGAAGACCAAACUAGAGGCCCAGGCUUAUACCGCUUACCUUACUGGGAUGGUUGAGUUUGAGCUCCAGGCGACUAUCUAUGAGAAACUGGCCAGUGCCUUCACUGAGGAGUUGGCACUUCUGUAUCGCCAGCGUGUGGAUGAGAUAUCGCCCAACAUCCGCUACUGUGCUUACAACAUUGGUGACCAGAACGCCAUCAAUGACCUGAUGCAGAUGAGGCUGACCGGUGGAGGUGGAGGGAUGAUGGCCGAGAAACUAGAAGCACUGAUCACUCAGGCAAGAACUAAGCAGGCUGCCACGAUGAGCGAGGUGGAGUGGCGGGGACGGACAGUACCUGUGAAAAUUGACAAGGCCCGCAUUUUCCUGUUGGGUCUGGCAGACAAUGAAGCCGCCAUCGCUCAGACAGUAAACGAGGACACCAAAGAGCAUCUGUAUGAGACUUUGCUGGCCGAGUGCAGAGACACCAUCCAAGCCGUGAAGGAGGAACUGAAGAACGAGGCAAAGCAGCGAGAAAGGAGCUCUGAUAAUGAUGGUGGGAAGGUUUCCAACCUUCAGUUCCUGCACAGCUACUUGACGUACAUCAAGCUGUGUACCUUGGUGAAGCGGAAUGAGAGCAUGGCUCACACUCUGCAGGCUAAAUUGAAGGAGACCGAGGCCGACGAGAACAAGCGGGGGCCCCGCCCACAGGACCUCAUCCGACUCUACGACAUCAUCCUGCAGAGUCUGGCUGAGCUCUCUACCCUGCAGGGUUUGGAGGAUGACCACAUGUUCCAGAAGGAACUCUCCCUCAAGCUGCUGGUCUACAAGGCUUACAGGUGUUUCUUUAUAGCCCAGUCGUAUGUUCUGGUGAAAAAGUGGAGCGAGGCGCUGGUGCUGUAUGAGAGGGUGCUGAAAUACGCCAAGGAGGUCCAGUCCAAAUCCAAGAGUCUCAACAAAAGCCUCAAGGACCUCCCUGAUGUUCAGGAGCUCAUCGCUGAAGUCAAUGCUGAGAAGUACUCACUUCAAGCUGCUGCCAUCUUGGAUACCGACGACACUGCUGAGGUUUCCCCUCAUCAGCAGGUGAAGGAGAGCAAGCCGCUCUGUGAGCGCCUGGACACCUUCCGCCUGGACGCCACUCUUGUAGGAAAACAGCCCAACCUGGUCCAGUUCCCCCCCGAGUUCCAGCCAAUCCCCUGCAAGCCUCUCUUCUUUGAUCUGGCCCUCAACCACGUGGCCUUCCCGCCGCUGGACGACAAGGUGGAGCAGAAGGGCAAGGGUGGCCUGACCGGCUACAUCAAGGGCAUCUUCGGCUUCGGCAGCUAAGCCGACGCCCCCACCACCACCAUCACCACAGGAAAACGAGGCCCGAGGUUUCAGAAAACAAAGCAACUGGGUUCAGCUGUCAAUGGGAAUAAAUCCAUCUCCCUUUUUUUAAAGGUAACAUUUUAGUGCCUAUGUGUACAAACAACUGGGGCUCAAAUCAAGUUACUUUUAAGUAGCUCCCACAGUCCACUUGCCUCCUGUAAUGCCAUCAGCUCAAACAUACAGGUUCCAUGUACCUUCCCAAGUCCCCACGCUGUGUGGUCUUAACAGUUUGAGCUAAGUUGUGAAUCUCAAAUUCUAGUUAGAGCAAAACAAGCCAUUUAGGCAUUCUUAGGUUAUUCUCUUGUGUGUGUAUAAAUGUUUGUUUUUUUCCAGAGUGAGAGAUGUUUUCAUCAUUCUUCAAGUCUAAAAUCUGGAAAGCUGAGUAGUUAUACAACGUGUGCAUGUAUGUUUGAAAUCAAUCCUGAAAAUUCGAACUGAAUAAUUUUUUUACUGAAUCACGUUUCAGCUUCUCAGCCGUGUUCAGUUCUUGUUUUGUUUUUUUUUCAUCCUUGUUUGCCCCGUUCGAAUUAUGACAGCAUGCAAGGAAGUGUGACUCAAAACGUCACAAAGCAAACCUCCUCUGCUGAAACCUACGCGGUCUCCAUACCAACCACAAUACAUCGUUGGUGCAACGGGGAAUUACAUCCGACGUGUUGCCGAAAUUGAACAUUUCAAUAUGAAUUUGAAAGCGUUUUGCAUUUUAAAUUUUACAUUUAAAAAAUGUUUUAAAAAGCAAAACUAACAGUCCCAUUUUUCUAAAUUGGAUGUUUUUCAUUAUGAAUUCCCUGCAAUGCUUUUGUAACAUUGCAAUUUCGUAUUGUAAAUGGGAAAGCAGGGGUCCAAAUGCCCCCAUCGGCCUUCAGAUUUUCCCAGUGGAAGCUCUGUUGUAGUUCAGUGAGAACAGUUGCAGACAAUAAGGCAUUAAGGGAGGUUUAAGCAGCCUUUUAUUCAUCACACCACUCCUUAGUCCCUCUUUAGCUGUACAAAUGUAUUCGGUAUGAAUGGCAUGCCGAUGGGAAUACUGUUUCGGGCAGCACGCAGACUCGCAACAACGUUCCAGAUCAAAGCUGAUUUAUUUGUUUGGAAGGGGCCAUGUUUGCUUGUCACACCAGACAAACCACACACACUACCCAUGUGUGAGGUUCUUUUUAAUCUUCAUUGAUUAUUUUUUUGGUUUUUUUUCUCUUGCUCUGUCUUUUGUGUUAAAUGUUGAAGAAUAAAGAUGGCCUUUAACUGCAUAAGGCUGGAAAAAUUAUCAUUAAUCAGGAUCAGUAACGGGAAUGUAUUCAUUUUGAUUCGCCUUCAAUCCUGUGAUUAAAAUAUCUUUGCAGCAAACUCUUGUUUUUCUAUUCUUCAGUGAACUAAAACUAAACGAUUUUGUAUGAUCCAAUGGCGACUAUCUAGACUAUUUAGACCUUUUUUUUUUUUUUUUUUUUUAGAUCUGUAACAUUUUUCAAGACAAGUGUAACAGAAUGCGUGUGUCAUUGUGUACUUGCAUUUCCGUAGGGUGUGUAAGUG